AUGAGCUGCACCUUACUGAAAUAUUCAGGAUUACAGCACCACGGUUUGCUGUCCGUCCUACAGUCCGGGGGUGCAGCAGUAGGUAUCCGGGCAUGUCAGCGGAGUUCUCUCCUUAGGAUCUAUUUCUACUGGAUCUGCCGUGGCCAGGAAGAGUUCGACUGGUUCUACGACCUGCUCUCGGCGGCCGCAGAAGGUCCAGCGGCAGGUGUUGUCGACAUCACGCUAUUUUUAACUGGCGAGAUCGAGCUCAAGCAGGAUUGCCGGGAGACAGUGGCAGAGAUUUGCGAGGAUAGCUUGGCCCGUUUGGUGCAAUCUGUUCUGACGGCCUACGCAGACAGGCCUUGCAUAGGCCUGCCCAGGGCGGAAGGAGAGGCAGUGGAGUGGCACUGGGCGACUUUUGCAGAAGUUAUGAAGAUAGUCUACCAAUUUGUUUCUCUGCUACGGCUCCGCCGACACCAUUUCGCUGUCAUCUCCUUUGAUUGCAGCUGUGUUGAGCUAGUCGCUGCAGACUUGGCCGCUGCACUCCUGGGCAUGUGCUCUGUUGUUGUAGCAGGUCCUGACCAAAGACGGGAUAUGUUGCAGCUUCUUGGGGAAGACAUGUGCGUUGUCAUUGACAGACAGCCAGAGAGCGACGCCGCGAUAGCGUCUGAUGACGAUGCUUGGAUGGGGCUAGACAAGGAUGUUCUUUUCACUUUCUUCGUGACCUCUGGAUCCACAGCAUCGCCCAAGUUGGUGCGUCGCACCCGAGCCACGUGGCUGGAGACCGUUCGGGACACUGCUCAGUUCGGCUCCGAGCUGUGUGUUACGCUGAGUUACGCCUCGCUGGCACACUCUGGACCUCGGACGGAGCUGUGGUGGAACCUGGUUUGUGGUGGUCAGACAGCAUUUGCUGCCGCCGGGCUUCCUUUGCUUUGCUCCUGGCUCGCCCUUUCACCUACAGAGAUCAGUGCACCCCCGAGUGUUUGGUCCGAACUCCGUCGACGUUUCGCGCUGGAUGGCGUGGAGGAUCCCAGCAGCCUGCGACAGCUGUUUCCGGGAUUGGUCCGCCGCCUCGAGACUGUAGCAACGGGCUUUGCCAACUCGGAUCCCGACCUCCUCGACUUCCUCAGGAGGACCUUUGGAGAUGAGAUCCUUGUCAUGGACAACUAUGGCGCCACCGAGGUGGGCAGCAUAUCUGUGAACGGCAAGAUCUCGGACGAAGACACGAAGCUCGUGGAGGUGCCAGAGCUUGGCAUCUACGCCCCGAGGGGUGAAAUUUGCGUAAAGGCUGAGGGCGCUUUCGAGGGCUACUAUGACGCUGCACAAACGGCUGGUGCCUUGACGGACGACGGCUUCUACCGGACAGGUGACAUCGGCGAGAUGCGGCACGGCAUGUUGAAGGUGGUGGGACGCCUGACCAACUGGGUCAAGCUCGCCAAUGGCAAGUUCGAAUCUCUGGAAGCUGUGGAAGACGAACUGUCCCAAACCUCUGACUUUGAGCAGGUCUGUACUGUUGAGAUCUCCGGUGCGCUGGCUGCCGUUGUUUACUCCGCUCGUUGGGAUCAGAAUCCUUCUGCAGCAGCUUCCACAUCUGUGCCCUGCGUGCGCGCGAAAGAGAAGUUUACUGUGGAGAAUGGCCUCUUGACACCAUCCUUGAAGCUUCGACGCCCUGCUAUCCGGGCCAUGUAUGAACAGGAGCUGUUACAGCAGAUCAAUGAGAAGCAGCUUGCUCUCAGCCGGUGGUUGCAUGCCGUCACCGGGAGUACAGCGGACGUGGACGAGACGCAGCCGCUGAAGGAGCUGGGUGUCACAUCGGUGCACUUCGCUCGGCUGGCCGCAGACCUUGGUGUUCCAGUCCAUGCCGUGGCAGCUGCGGGAACACUGAGAGACCUCAAGGCACUCUCCCAGACGGAUAAACUGGGUGUGUCGGCAGCGCUCGCAGAUGUUGCGAGAUUUAGCUCCAGCUGCAGUGCUUCUGCCUCCCCAGUCUCAGGGACCUGGAGGAAGAUCCUCGUUACCGGAGCGACAGGACAUCUCGGGCGCCACUUCAUGGAGAUCCUUCGAGCGCGAGGAAUCUCUGCUGUUCCUCUGUCGCGCUCGCUAGGCCACGAUGUUGCCCAGCCCAUGUUCGGCAUGGACCGUGAGACCUUCGAGUCCAUGUGGGACUGCGACGCCGUCAUCCACUGCGCGGCUAUCGUGAAUUGGACCCUCAGCUACGGGGAUUUGCGUGCAACGAACGUUGUCGGCGCUCGCCAAGUGGGUGCUUUCUGCUGUGGUGAGGUUGAUGGCCGUCGUCGCUCUCUCCUAGUUGUCGGCAGCGGCGCUGCAUUCGACGAAGCUCCGGCGGAAGCUUCGUGGCUCCAGGAAUGCACAAAUCCCUACAUCGUCUCAAAGCUCGCUGCAGAGAUGAUCUUGGUCAGGCUGUGUCCAUGGGCAGUGGUGGUGCGCCCGGGGCUGGUGGUGUGGCACUCAGAGACUGGCAGCCACAGCGCAGAUGACGGCCCUACACGUCUGGUGCGGUGGAUGAAGUCCGAAAGCCUGUGCUGGACCCUGGAGGAGCACGGCGACUGGAUGGACGGUAUGAACGUGGAUAAGUUCUGCCACGCGGCGCUAAAGAUCUUGGAGCAUGGAGCUCCGGAGACGUACAGCAUGACCGGCAACUACAGGCUUGCCACCCUGCUCGACCACCUUGCAGUCACCUGCAGGAUGCUUCCGUACUCUGAGUGGUAUGCUGCCGUCGUGCGGAGUCAGAAAUCCAGCAACCCUCUGGCAGCGCUGCUGCCACACAUUGAGGCCGAUCAGCAACCCUUUGCAUCCUUUGGCCAAGACCUGUCUCCGAAGUGCAGGAAAGUGCUGGGUGAGCAGCUGGCCAGCGAGCUGCGACAGGUCUCUGGCUACGCGGCUUUCGCGCGAGCCUUGUCGUGA